CUUUAGUGCAGCAAGAGCAGUUCAGUCGCGCCUCUCCUUUCGCGUGGUGCUCUCGUGCUUCACGUCUUCGUAGCUCGCGCUUUGUAUAUUUGUAUACACACAUCUGUGCAUUUCCACCUGGAUGACCUGAAAAUCGGAACUUGAAUCAACGCAUCCAAUCAAUACGUACCAUCGAUACAUUGGAAAUAUUGAAAUGGUACUUUUCCCAACCACCCAGACCCAAGGAAAACGCUAAUUUUCACUCGUGAUUCGCUUCGUUAAGCAACAAAGUUACUGAAAGUGUCAUGUCCUAAGACUGUAAUCAAAUCCUUUCCUUUUUUGGAUUACUGAAAGUCAAGAGGCAGCAAGUAGAGAGGAGUGUUUUAGAGAUAAACAAUGGCGACAAUUUGCUUCGGUCCGCCGCCUUUGCCUCCGAACAAGAAGUCUUUGCUGUCGGGGGCGUCGCAGCAGCAAAGGAACCGCAAGCACAGCCAGAGUUUGCUUUCGUCGACCUAUCACAGCUUCCGGGAUCCUUCUGAGGACGAGAUCGUCAUCCUGCUAACGGAAGAUCCGUGCAGGAAGGCAAAGGAAAGUGCGCGAACGGUGACGGGCUCUUUGCGGAGGUGCAGGAACGGGAAAGUUUCUCUGAUACGAAGCCACUCCGAUGGGAAUCUGGAUAAGAGCGGCAGGAUAAACUCCAACGCUCCGAUGACCAUCAAUAGAUACAUCAAGGUUAUCAGCGGAAGCUGGAAAAAUCUGCUGAAUCUUGGCGGCAUGUCGCGGCCCCCUAAGCCGGCGGCUACAGCCAAGAAGGUCGCACCGCCGGCCGUACCCCACGAGUUCAGGCAUUCCGGAAGUUCCUUCGGAUCUGCUGGUUACGCUUCCUCAGAGGACGCAGGAUUCCUCGCUCCCUCUGAACCACCAGGAGUGCCAAGAGAUGAUCACUCGGAUUAUGGGAGCACAGUUAGUGGAAGCACCGGAAAAUCUCCGGGACCGGUCUUCCCACCGCCUUCGUUCACCUUUCCGACAACGCAUUCGGGAGCUGUCCUCACCCACAAGGCAGCAGUCUACUAUCACCACCAGCUUAGUCUCCAAGAAGACCAAGGAAUUGAUAUGACCCAAUCUCCAGGAAGAGAUAGUCCCGGAUCAUCGAGUGGCAGUGCAGGUUCGGGAUCGAGACAUAGCACGGCGUCUUUGGACAGCGGAAGGGCAUCUUACCACCCUUUGAGUACGGCUGGGCGCAGCACGAUAGGAUCGGCCAAUAGCCCCAGGUGCUCAUUAAGUUCGUGUUCGAUUGGUUCCGAUCAGGGUCGGAUCGAACGGAUGAUUCUGCAAGGUGUUUCGGAUCAAGAAAUAAUCCACGCUUGGCUGGUCGAGCUGCAGUUCGAGGAAUAUAUCCAGCUGUUUCUACAGGCUGGCUACGAUCUUCCCACCAUUGGCAGGAUGACUCCGGAGGAUUUAACGGCGAUAGGUAUCAAGAAACCUAACCAUCGCAAGCGCCUAAAGUCCGAGAUUGCGACUCUCAACUUGCCGGACAAUUUACCCGAUUAUAUACCAGGAUCAUUGGAAGAAUGGUUGAGAUUGUUGCGAUUAGAGGAGUAUCAGCCUGCAUUUUUGGAUCAAGGCUACCACACUGUUGACGAUGUAGCACAGCUUACAUGGGAGGAUUUGGAGGAGUUUGGUAUAGUGAAGUUGGGCCAUCAGAAAAAAAUCAUAUUGGCGAUUAAGAGGAUUAAGGACAUUCGGGCGGGAAAACGUUUCAAUACGGCGGAAAUGAACAGAUCUUACACUCAACAGGAUGUCGUGGUGCACGCACCCCUGGGUCCGUCAUCGCCCGGUGUUCCGAACGUCCACAGCACCUUCCGCUCAUUCCACCAACCUUGGGAAUUGGACCAAACGCGACAACUUGCCGGCGCCGGCACGCACUACAUACAGUUUUGCACUGACAUUGUUCCCAUCAAGAUUAGAACAGGCAGAGGCAAGUCUUUAGAGUCGCUGGAGGAUCCAACCGAGAGAACCCAUCACACAUUUAGCGUGGACAACGCGCAAACCCAACAGAUGUACUAUCCACAAACGAUGCCGUGGCGUAGAUCCUACGAUGACGGUGAUAUAACACCCACAAACGAGUCGGGAUUGUUGUACGAAGGCGGCGGCACCUUACCACGACCACGAGGUGUCAUCAGACCUAGACCGAUAGCGAAAAUACAGGCGAAAGCUCGCGAAUCCUUCCCGGACUUUGAGAAGCCGCAAUUUAACACGGCCCCGCAAUCUCCAUAUAAAACAUUGGCGCGAGAUAUAAUCGAUGGCACGAAGUAUCAGAUGCAAUACGGAAGUCCGCUUAUGGGCAAGAAGAUGCCACCGAAUCCACCGAAGCGUUUAGAUUCGUGCAGCGAGGGCGGCGAGACGACGACAACGGUGGAGAUCCACCACGUCCAGACUUCCAGUCCGUUACCGUUGCCGGCUUAUCCCAGCUCCGAUAGUCUGAGUAUAUCUUUGGAGGCUCAAGGCGAUCUUCCGCUUCCGCCACCACCUGCUCCCGGCACACCUCCCGGAGCACCAAAAAUGAAUUCUUCCAGAUCGUGGGGCGCUGAAGAACAGGAGCUUAUCAACACAUUGGCGUUGCAGCACAGAAACGGCUCUGAUGCUAGUUUUAAGUCGAGUUCAAGCACAGAAUCAGAUUCACUGCCAUUCGCGAAUGAAAAUGCCGGCACGAUAAGGACGAGGGCUGGAAGCAGAGGCGUCGAAUUCUCUCCUGCGAAACCACGUUCAGGGUUGCCUCCACAUCCGUCCCCGACACCAAACAGGCAACCUCCGUCCGCCAGCCGCCCUCAAAGAACGGAGUCCGUCGACGUGCUCAACGACAUUGGCAAUAUGCUCACCAAUUUAACACACGAAUUGGACGCCAUGCUGGAGGAAGAGAGAUUAGAACAACAGCAACAGUCAUGUUGCGAAUAAGACUGAUACAAAACACAAAAGGAACGUAAGAACAAAUCGUGGUCCUGGUGGUCCCGUUUUCUACUUCUCUUUACAUUCUUCAACAGACACUUCGGUUCAAAUCACUUUAUUCUCUCUUUUAAUUUCGUUUAUUUUUAUAUGUAUAUAAAGAAAAAAAAAGGAAAAGAUAACGGAAAUUAAACUUCAUUUACAAACAUAGUUUGUAACAAUUUAAGCCUUUCCAGUAACUUAACUACUUAUUGUUUUUCGUUUGUCUUCGGAAAUUCUUCAUUAACCUUUUUGUAAGUUUUGAAGAGAGUGGCUGACAACUGGAGAAGGUCCAUGUCUGGAUUAAUUGUUUCUUUGUUUAUUUUUCGAUAAAUUCUAUUUAUUUAUUAUCUAUCAUAGAUCUCUG